AUGGUGAACAUUCCAGAGUACUAUGCAGGGAAAAGCGUCUUGAUCACUGGUGCAACUGGCUUCAUGGGCAAGGUGCUGUUGGAGAAACUGCUAAGGUCCUGCCCAGAAGUCGGACCUGUGUAUUUGCUGGUCAGGUCAAAGGCGGGACAGAGUCCCCAGGCUCGCGUGGCCGACGUGAUCAACUGCAAGUUGUUUGAACGACUGCAGGAUGAGCAGCUUGGCUUUGCAGAGAAGAUCAUUGCAGUGAACAGUGACCUGACACAGCCUGAGCUGGCUUUAAGUAAAGACGACCAGGACGCCUUGGCUAAAAACGUUAACAUUGUCUUCCACUGCGCUGCCACUGUACGCUUUAAUGAGCCGCUCAAAGAUGCAAUGCAGCUGAAUGUCUUGGCUACCCAGAAGAUGCUGGCGCUGGCCCACAGGAUGAAGCGGUUGGAGAUCUUUAUUCAUGUGUCCACAGCCUACGCCAACUGUAACAGGGAGCUGAUUGAAGAAAUUGUAUAUCCUCCCCCAGUGGACUAUCGCAAGCUCAUCGAUGCACUCGACUGGAUGGAUGCGGAUCUGGUGUCAACACUGACUCCUAAACUGAUUGGGGAGCGUCCAAAUACCUACACCUACACCAAAGCCUUGGCUGAGUACCUGGUGCAGCAGGAGGCCGGCGACCUCAACGUAGCCAUUGUCAGACCAUCCAUAGUUGGAGCUAGCUGGAAAGAGCCUUUCCCUGGUUGGAUAGAUAACUUCAACGGGCCGAGUGGAAUAUUCAUUGCGGCUGGUAAGGGCAUCUUGCGCACAAUGAGGGCGUCGAAUGACGCGGUGGCGGACCUGGUGCCAGUGGACAUGGUCAUCAAUGCCACGCUGGCUGCAGCUUGGUACUCCGGGUCACAGCUGAACAGACCUAAAAACAUCCUGGUGUAUAACUGCACAACUGGAGGAAUCAACCCGUUCCACUGGGGAGAAGUCGAGUACCAUGUAAUAUCCACAUUCAAGAGGAACCCCCUUGAGCAGGCCUUCCGUCGGCCCAAUGUUAAUCUUACGUCCAAUCACCUGAUCAAUCAGUACUGGAUCGCUGUGAGCCACAAGGCUCCGGCCUUCCUCUAUGAUCUGUACCUCAGGCUGAUUGGACGAGAACCCAGGAUGAUGAAAACAAUCACUCGCCUCCACAAAGCCAUGAUGGUCCUGGAGUACUUCACCAGUCACUCCUGGGUGUGGAACACCGACAACAUCGCCAUGCUGAUGGCCCAGAUGAGCCCCGAGGACAAGAAGGUGUUUAAUUUUGAUGUGCGGCAGCUGCACUGGGCAGAAUACAUGGAAAGUUACUGCAUGGGCACCAAAACGUAUGUCCUCAAUGAAGAGCUGUCAGGACUGCCGGCUGCUCGCAAACACCUCAACAAGCUAAGGAACAUCCGCUACACCUUCAACACCAUCCUGGUGGUGCUCAUCUGGCGCAUUUUCGUUGCCCGGUCGCAGAUGGCACGAAACAUUUGGUACUUUGUGGUGAAGCUUUGCUUCAAAUUUCUGUCCUACUUCAAGGCUUCUUCGACCAUCAGAUAAUGAUCCGGAGACUCGGGUGCAGAGGUACAACGGUGACAAAAUAAAGCAGCAUUUAACAGAUUUUUGUCAAGGUGCCUGAGCUCAAAAAGCCCUUAAAGUGGUACUGUGCUGUCAUCUCAUGUUUGCCCUGCUGCUCGAGUGCGAUGGUUUAGCCCACAGUGACAAACGUCACCACUUCUGGAGUCCACAAUGGCUUAAAUGACUUCUGGACAUCGUUAAACUGGAUCUCAACAUUUCAUAAAUUAAAACAGGAUUUAUUUCACGUCACAGCUCACACCCCAGACAAGCACUUGAAGCAGUAUAUUCCAGCUGGCUCUCAGGGCACCAUGCCAGAAGCCCUCGUUUUGUUCAUCCACAGUCAUUCUGACUUUGUUUUUGGAGAUGCUCCUUUCUCUCUCCGAAUCCCUCUUAUCUGUCUCCUGGUUUUGAUCCGGUCCAGGUUUUUGUUUUCUGUUUCAUAUGUUAUAAAGUAUUAUCAGGAGCACUUUCCUUUUGAUAAUCACAUCUUUUCUUCUCACAGCAGCUAUUGUGAAGCAAAGCAAAAGCUUGAUCGUGGUUCUGGCUCCUCCAACCGGUUUUUCGUCAUUGGUCGGAGGCAGAAGAACGAUAUUUCUGCAGUGGUUGUCCAGGGACAGUUGGCUUGUAGAUUGUCUAAAAUCUCUGUUUUUGUGCGAUGUUUGAAGAUUAAAGGCAUCUUCUUCAGUGUUGAGUGUUGAUGUCAAACAGGUCAGGAAGUUGAGAUGUUUUAAGGGUCUGUAUUUGAACUGUUGUGCUUUAAUGACUCAACCCUCAACAAAAGUUGUCAAAACCUUCCCUGAAUUUCCACGUUCCAAUUGUUUUGCUUUUAGUCUGGAUGUUUUGGUCUGUUCGAAGGAUCCCUGGCUACAGCUGGAAUGACUUGUCAAAGAAACGGUCUAUGAGAGACUCGGGUGAGGUGUACCGUUUACAUUGGCGUUUUGACCUGGUUGCAGUGGGGAUGGACCUGUUGCCCACCUGAGCUGUUGCCAUCCAUGACACAAGUCAGUUCGGUAAUAUGGUGGAUGUGACAGCACUGGUGCAGGUUACUAGACCUGACCUGACCUUGCUUUGAGACAGGCCAUUGAGCGGACAUUCUGCUUGACCCAGCUGGGCUGUCAUGGCGAGUUUCUUACAAAUAAGCACAAUCUAGAUUGUAUGCGGCUUCAUCCAGUGCCUACAAUGAUCUUUUUUCAACAAAGGCUUUUCAUGUUAAAUGUCUCCAGGCUCAUUUUCUGGUCAUGUGUGAAAGUAAAGUUUUCAAACUGCCCCCCCUCCAAAAAUACCUCAUGACAAAGACACUUUAGAGACUCUAGGGGUUUGAGCCAAGUGUAGUUAAAAUGAGAAAUAACAGCACUUUUUUUUUCUUUUCUUUUUUUUUUUUUUUGGAGUGGGGCAGUAUGAUUAACAGUUCAUGUGCCCAGGACUUGCUGACUUUGGCUCCUUGGCACAGUGGACACUGUACUUUAUGGCUUAUUUUUAGUGUACUACAUUUCUGGUACCACAAGGGCUCCACUAUACGUUCCACCACAAAUCAGACUUCACACCUCAAGCCGCACUAAUUCUUGUUUUUUUGCGGGGGGGGUCACCUGUUCUUUGGUUUUGGUAUAUCACCCCUUUGCUACUUGUGCUGCAAACCCACGCUAAGAUGUUAUUCCAGCUUUAUGGGGCAACGAAAUGUGUCAUUGUAACUGAGAAAUCAUCCAUCUUUCCAACUUGUCCCAACCUACUAUUGUACAAGGAGAUGCCUGAGUUCUGCUACUAACUAUACUCCUGCGGCUAGGCCCCACUAAGUUCCCCCCUAGGUUGUGAAUAUAUCUUGGUGAGAACCCUGUAGAUGAUCUAAAUUUCCCCAGUUCCAACUUCUUUUUUUUGGGGGGGGGGGGGGGUUGUGUUGCCAGCCUUAAAUAAGAUGUCACACUGAAAUCAUAACAGUUUAGAUUUAGGCUGUUAGUGACCAUCCGAUGUUCCACCGGGAAUACUUUGUUCACUUCCAUGACCGGUUUCAAAGUGUAUGGCACUCACAGCAAACGGCUACGGAGACUUCCGAAAACAAAGUACUCGUGAGUACUGGAUAAUUGUUCCCUAUCUUCUUUCUAAUGCAAUCUGCACUGUUUGUAGAAUCUGGUGGAAGAAUCGCAGACUGUAGCAACGCCUACACACAUAUGUUUUGUGAAUGUCUUGAAGUCGUUGAGAAAUGUGACUUAUUGUUUUCGAGCCAUUUUUGCGCAGAGCACAUGAUCGGCGGGGGUGGGUGGGAGGAUGAAUUGUGCUUGAACUUUUCGUCAUUUUGUUAAUAUUCUAAUGAUGUGGAAAAUAAAGCAAUCAGAUGUAUAUUUUCUAAUAACUUAUUGUACAAUUCUAUUUUGGUAGGCUUGAAAGUUGAAUUCUAAAAAUGUAUAUUUUUAUGCUCCUAAUGUUGCCUGGCUUUUAUUGACUAUCAAAGAUUGAUACAGAUAAUAUUGAGUUGUCACCCGCUGUAAAUACGCUCGUAACGUUUGACAAAUUAAGCCUAUUUAACUUUUAUUCUCUGAAUGUAAUCAGUUUUUUUUUUGUUUUGUUUUUUUGGAAAUAGGAGUUCAACAAUACUCGUUGUUUCUUUAAUCUUUUUAGUACUGUGAUGAAGUCUUUCUGUUGUACUUUUAUCUUCGUGAUGGCAGGAGUGACUUUCCGUUAGACUCGAGUUUUGUGGUUAUGUGUGACUGUUGUGCUGUGAAAGGGUGCAAGAGGUUUCAUUGUUGACCCGAGGGGAGGAGCCCAUUAAUGACAUUUGGGGUGUGGCCCCAUCGUGUCACACAUGGUGUAGAAUUCAGGGUUUUUUCAGGAUUGUUUUAGUGACUGAAAACAGAGAUUGAAGGCCAGACCCCUUCUCGCAUAUUUUCUCAGUGUUGGCACAGAAACUCAACUACUGAUUCAUAAUAAUAUUUUGCUAAUUAAUUAGCUUUAAACAACUGCACUAGUUAUUUUAAUGUUACAACCCAGAAUACUCAAGUAGCAAAUGUGUUAGCAAGCAUUUCCUAAUGGAAGUGGCUACAGGUACAGUACAUUUCUAUGCAGUGGCACUUCAACAGCAAGCGGCUGUGACAAAACCCAGUAGAAUUAAUAAUGUAUGAGCAAUGUAUUGCAGUACUACUAAGCCAUUGGUGCCAUGCGGCGAUAAUCCAUAUUGUAUCUGUGUUUUUACUUUUUGUAGUUACGACACUCAAGUCCUCGCAUGAUUUCUGCCAUAAUUCAAAAUGGUGAGAAGUUCCACAA